CACUUUCUUCUCGUGUAAACACAACCACUUCCUGUAUGGGAGUGUCUUCCGUACCAUUUCUGCAAAAUUGUAGAUGCAUACAGCCGCAUUGCUUCUUUCGGGUGAAGUCCGUGCAUUUUGACCUCCUCUUUUGAUAUCCUCGAUUGUUUAAGUGACAUUUCUUUUUUCAUUGCAUGUGCAUGAAGUGGGAUGUCUGCAACGGAAUGGUAUGCGCACAAAUCUCUUGGAGAAGGUUUAUUCUGGAUCCAGGAGAGGUUUUACGAGUCGGGUAACCGAGCAAACAUUUGGCUACUUCGUGGAUCCCACCAGGACGUUAUUAUAGACACUGGUCUGGGAUUGAGAAGUCUACCAGAUUAUAUAAAUGCCAAAGGGUUGCUUGGAGAAGACCCAGAGCGAAGGAAUCCUUUGUUAGCCAUCGGGACGCACGUCCACUUCGAUCAUUCGGGUGGGCUGCAUCAGUUUCAACAGGUGGGCGUUCACAGGGCAGAGGUCGAUGCACUAGCCAACGGAGACAACUUCGAAACGGUGACCUGGCUGUCCGAUAGCGAAAUCGUCCGUGAUCCGUCUCCUGGAUGGAGAGCCAGGCAAUAUAAAGUCAAGGCAGUACAACCAACUCACAUACUACAGGAAGGUGAUGUCAUCAACCUCGGAGACCGGCAGCUAACGGUGCUGCACAUGCCCGGCCACUCCCGGGGCAGCAUCUGCCUCCACGACAAGGACCGCAAGAUGCUGUUCAGCGGGGACGUGGCCUACGACGGCGCCAUGAUCGACUGGCUCCCCUACAGCCGGGUCAGCGACUACGUGCGCAGCUGCCAGCGGCUGCUGGAGCUCGUGGACGGCGAGCAGGUGGAGCAGGUCCUCCCCGGCCACUUCCACACCUUCGGCGCCAAGCGGCUGCACCACAUCGCCUCCAGCUACAUCUCCGGCGCCGGGGCCUGCCACCGCUUCGCCACCUGCGCCAUCAAGUCCGUCGCCAGCCUCGCCCUGAGGGCCUCAAACUCCACCAGCGCCUGUUAGCCCCCCAGGAACGCCCGCUUGGGGCUGAGGUUCCUGUGUUGAGUAGCAGUGUUGAGUCUCUACAGGGCAGCCACCCCGAAUGCCUGACAGAACCUACUGAAGGUGUAGUUCUGUGAAGCCCUUCUUGAGGUGUGGCUGUGAUUCCCUGAAUCACACCUGGUUUUUUUAUUCUAAGUCACUGAGUGUGUAGCGUAGAGCCGUUAUAUUUAUCAAUUUGCGACAUGCAUUUUAAGGCAAAUGCGCUAAUAGUUACUUUGCAUCAUAAGAGAGCAGAAGCACUCUCACAAAGAUCAAUUCAGGAAAAAAGUUAGGCAGAAAACCAAAGGAAACUUUUUCAUUUGUUAAAAAUGAAUGUCCAGGAAGUGGCCUCCACUGACUUUUUAACUGCAGCAUACUUUGGCCUUACUCAUUUUACUAAAUGCUAUACAGUAUACGGCGAUUUGUGAUCAGACUGAAGUGAGGCCUUUAUCUUUCUCACAUUUUCCAGGAUGUUCCAUUAUGCUGCUUGUUUCCCAUUUUACUGCUAUAAGCAUAAUACGAGGUUUUGUGUGGCAUGUCCUUCACUCUGUAGCUCUUAGCCUAACGUCAGGGAUCUGCUAAGCACGCUUAAGGGCCCCUUGCCCCUCCUGAUAUGCACUUUUAAACACAGAUCAGUUUUGCAUUCAGUGUUGUCAGAAUGAGGUCUUUACAGUGCAAGGCCUCCUCAGGAACUCCUCAUAUAAAUAAAUGAACAGCUUCACUAUGCGGCAAAUGCUAUGCAGGCAACCUUGGUCUCAGAACGAUGCUAAGUGAGUGUCCGGAGAGCACUACAAGCACUCUAAACCACGGAAGCUUUUCUGCAGUAAUGAGGUGGCACAUUUUCAGCAUUCACCCAAUCAUCAAAAGAAUUUGAAGUUAUAAAUCGGAAGUUGCCUGAAUAUUCGAAAAAUCACACCGUCAUUAAGAUCGAGAAUGAAGAAAAAGUCAAGCAAAUGGAGCCAUUGUACGCUGUCUAGAGUCUUAAAAGUACCAUUGAAUUCGUACAUAUCUGAUCUCUUCAAUCUAGCUACGCUAGACAAGGUUUUUUUUUUAUGAACCUUUUAUCCCUUUUUUAUUUUCUCCCCCUGCACACUACCCCCCCCCCCCCCCCAGAGGAACCAUGCAUUAUUUAGUUAUAAUAACUGAAAAUGCAGGCAUAGUACAGGACUGAAUACCUAAACUGUAGAGUCCUGCUUUAAAGUGAGCCAAUAUGUCUUUGUUUGGAUAGCAUUCAAGUUUGUUUUUCAGCACCAGUGGGUCACAGAUAAGUGUGUAGGGGAAGCAUGAGACCUUCUCUUGUAUAUAGGCUGGUGUGGUAUUUUAAGAAUUACACCUGUCCACAGACCUCACUCAAACCUGGGCACUAUCUGGUAUCCAAAUUGGCAGUCACAUUAAUGACAUCCCCCUUGAAAAUAAAGGGACGUAACAUUGAACAAUAAUUGACCAGAUGUUAAGUUGCAUUGGAAAUUGUUUUUGCCCUUUUCUGUCUCAUCCUGAAAUGCAGUAGCAUGGGGACACUGUGAAAAUGUCUGUGUCUGUUUGUGCAAAUCAGCAUGAAAGCAAGGUUUUCCACUUCAUUCUCCAAACCAUAACCGUGCCCUGCAUUCUUCCUGCUUGUCAUUAAUCUGCAAAAAUAUGCAUUUUUGACUGACAGUGUUUUUUGUUCAAAUCCACAAUGUUGUUGGAGUUUAUAUGCACUACUGAUUCUGGUAACCUUAUCAUAAUGUUUAAACGCAAUAUUAGCUUAUCUUCCUAAAAUCGGUUGACAGGUAUAUUCUGAACUACUGUACAGUGUACUUUUUUUGCUUGUCAGACUGAUAAAUGUAACUAAUUUCAUACUAAGAGCAGAAAAGCAAGCCCAUGCUGUCUUAUUGAUGAUGAUGAUGAUGAUGAUGAUGAUGAUAAUAAUAAGUAAGCACAGACAAAAUAAAGUAUCAGUAUUAUAGCAGCAAUGUGGACAUGGUAGUAACUGUGCUAAUGGACAGGGCUGCAGUGGAUAUCCUUGUAUAAGGAUGAGCAUGCUGAUGUCAAAUACAUCUCAGCUCAGGCUUCAAUGGGCCAGCUACAGUGUAGCAACAGAAGGUCAGAUGUAGGAAUGUAGAAUGUAGGGGUUUCCUGCACUGAAAUUGCCAUGGUGACAGCUGAGCUGUCAAUCUUCAGGUAGCGCUCAUUUUCAGCUUUGGAUUCAGCAGGUACACUAUAGCCUACAUUGCUACAGUAUAUGUUAUAAAACAAAGGCAGGGAUUCAAUCUAUGUUUGCCUUUAACUUUGUAUUACAGGUAAAUGCAAUCGUUACUUUUUCUGAACUCAAUUCAGCAGUCAUUGAAACAAACUUGUUUGAAUUUAAGAAAAACUGUAAUGCUUGUAUUUACUUUGUACAUUGUACCAAUGUAUACAAAUAACUCAUAAUAUACAGUAUUUAUGUAUAUAUGCAGUGUUGAUGAAUGAGAAAAAAUUGCUGUCCAGAAAUGCUUUCUGGUGUUGGAAUUUUAGUUGCACUUUAUUGCAAUUGCGAUUGUUUUGAAGCUACAAAUGUCAAAAAAUAAGCCAUGAUGGUGAACUCUUAAAAUGUAAUAACAGAAUACAGUUUCUUUACCUGAAGUAAAAUAAUAAUAAAAAUGUA